AUGCAACUUCUUCAAAACUGUAAAGUGCAUUACAUUCCUGGAUGGGAUUGCCAUGGUCUACCCAUUGAGUUGAAAGUAUUGCAGUCAUUGGAUCAAGAUGCCAGAAACGGAUUGACACCAAUAAAAUUAAGAGCAAAAUCAGCUAAAUUUGCUAAAGCAACAGUCAAGGCACAAAUGGCAUCAUUCAAGAGAUUUGGAGUAUGGGCAGAUUGGGAUCAUCCUUAUCUCACUCUUGAUCCAGAAUAUGAAGCUGCUCAGAUUGAAGUGUUUGGGCAAAUGGUUUUCAAAAGGUACAUAUACAGACGGAGAAAGCUAGUGCACUGGAGUCCUUCAUCACGCACUGCUCUUGCAGAGGCUGAAUUAGAGUAUCCUGAAGUCCAUGUUUCAAAGAGCAUGAAUGCAAUUUUCAAAUUACUAACUACUCCAACUAAAGAUGGAUUACUUGAUGAAUUUCCCAAAUUGUCCCUUGCAAUUUGGACCACAACUCCUUGGACUAUUCCUGCAAAUGCUGCUGUUGCAGUGAAUUCCAAGCUCCAAUAUGCCAUUGUUGAAGUGCAAUCACCUUCACCUGAUGUUACUUCAUCUUCUGAAGAUGGAAAGAAGAGAAUUGGUAGUGUUUUGAAAGGCUCUAAGAUACCAUUUUUCAUUGUUGCACUUGACCUUUUGUCAACACUGGAAUCCAAAUGGAAUGUGAAACUUGCUGUUAAGAAAACAGUUUUCGGUUCAGAUCUUGAAAAUUGCAGAUAUGCACAUCCAAUAAAUGGGGAAGAAUGUCCAGUUGUGAUUGGAGGAGAUUACAUCACAACAGAAUCAGGAACAGGACUUGUCCAUACUGCCCCUGGACAUGGACAAGAUGAUUAUAUAACAGGAUUAAAAUACAAUUUGCCAAUAAUAUCCCCAGUAGACGAUGAAGGAAAAUUCACUGAAGAAGCUGGAAUCUUUAAAGGGCUUGAUGUGUUAGGAGAUGGGAAUGCUGCUGUAAUUGAUCACUUGGAUCAACUUUCAUCAAUUAUCAUGGUGGAACCUUACAAGCAUAAGUAUCCUUAUGAUUGGAGGACAAAAAAGCCUACGAUUUUUAGGGCAACUGCACAAUGGUUUGCAUCUGUUGAAGGAUUCAGAGAGGCUGCUAUGGAUGCCAUUAGUCAAGUAGUAUGGACUCCAUCUCAGGUACUAAAAUGGUUCCAGUUCUUUCUGACGUUUUACAUUUUUAGUCCAAAAUCCAACACUUUUUCAAAAUUAGUCCUUAUUUCAAGGUUUCAUAUCAGUUUUAGUCCCUAGAACCUUAAAUACCAAAACUAAAAAAUGUUUAA